AUGUCUGAAGUUACAAUAGAUAAAAGUCUUUUGGGAAUGGCAGUAGUACACAAUGGUUUAAUUGUAUUAGAAAGUUGUCAAGCAAUUUUACGUAGAGAUUAUGUGAACAUGAGAGGGAAGGUCAAGUUAAUAUCUGGAGGCAUAGCAGGAAAUGAAUUAUUAUGUACAGAAUUUGUGGGUCCUGGUAUGUUAACAGCUGCAGUUUUAGGGAAUAUUUUUUGUGCACCUUCAAAAAAUAAUGUACUGAGAGUUAUUGAAGAAAUUAAAUCAGAUGAUCCUUCUGGAAUAUUGUUAAUUGUACCUGAUUAUGCUGCAUGCCUUAUAAACUUUACUUGGGCUAAAUUACGUGCAAUGGAAAGAGGAUAUAAUGUCAAAAUAUUUCGAGUAACAGCCAAUCUUCAACCUGCUACACAGGAACAAAGCUUUUUAUCUGCACAGUUUUUGUAUAAAAUAGCAGGAGCUAUGUCAGAAGAAGGGAAAGAUAUAGAUGAAAUAUAUUCCGUUUGCAAUCACAUUACAAGUAAUGGAAUACUUCAUCAUCUAAAAUCAGGUGCCAUGAUGUUCAGAAAAUUGAAGCAUAACAUGGAAGCAAAAUUCACAAAAAGGUGUGAAAUGGAAAUUUUUUCAGAUUCAGCUGAACACAUGUCUGAACUGUUGGCAAAUACAUUAAGUACAGUACCUCCAAAUGAACAUAACAAAAAUUCGAGAAAUACAAAUAAAAUUUAUGAUGAUCAUGAGAUUGCAAUUAUGAUAAACAGCUUUGGUUUCAGAGAACUGGAGACAUACACUUUUAUUUUAGAUAUUUUAAAACAAAUGAAAAUGUACAGCUUGCAAGUGAAAAGAAUAUAUGUAAAGCCAUUAAUAUCAAGUUCAAAUACUAAAAGUUUUGAUAUUUGUGUUUUAAACUUGUUAAUUAUACCAGGAUUACUUAAAUAUUUAGACUUUCCUACUUCUGCACCUGCUUGGCCAAAGAUAUUAACUUCAGAUAUAUUAGAAUUAAAAGAGGACAGUGAAAUAAAUUUAAGUACACAAGGAAAAUACUGCAAGCAUAAGAACAUAGUUGAUGAAAAAUUGCAAGGACCACUAAUGGGGUACGAAACUGGUCAAACAUUUUUAUCCAUUAUAUCAAUUGCAUGUGAAGCAGUAAUAGCAUGUACGAAGCAAUUAAAUACAUUAGAUCAAGAAUUUGGAAAUGGAAUGUAUGGUACAAGCCUUGCUCGUGGAGCUCAAGCUAUAAAAGAUGCUAUUCAGGAAAAUAAAAUGUUAGCUACGUAUCCAUGUGUAACAUUUACACAAAUUAGUCAUAUCAUUGAAAGAACAGUGGAUGGUGUACAAGGAGGACUUUAUUCUUUGUUUUUUAAUAAUAUUGCUAAAGUUUUCUCAAAAUAUGAGAAUAAUAAACAAAUUACAGUAGACAUGUGGUUAAAUGCAUUAAUUACAGCAAAUGAUGCAAUAAAAGAACUUCAUAUAUCCUAUCUAGAUGACCAAGUUCUGGUAGCUGUUUUAAUGAAAGUGCAGUUCAGUUUGAUGAAUGCAUUAAAUGAAAAUGUAGAUCCCAUUGCUGCAUUUGGUAUUGCUGUGACAGCUGCUGAAAACUUUACAUUAAAUGCUAUACAUAUGCGAUCUUCUGAUAAAUUUAAAUAUCUCCAUCCUGAAGCGCAUGCAGUGGGCAUUUGGUUAAGAGGUGCAUAUGAAGGUAUCAAGUUAAAAUUACUAAAUCAUAUUGCAAAAUAA